UGACUUGAACGCUGGCGCGCGCUUCCUUCUCAGAUCAGCUGACUCCGGGCAUGCGGAAGAAGUACAUUAGAAACGUUAGCUGGCGAGAAGCAAAGAAUCAACAACAUCAACAACAAAGUUACAAUUCGGAAAGUUUCGACUAGGGAAAGAAAGAGCAGGUUUGUAGCAGGGGUGCUUUUAAUAUAGAACACGUUUCAGUGCUGUCAGAGAGCUGGAAUGGCACACACCGAGUCAGGGGUUGUUGUGAAUGGAACUCAGGUGUCCUAUAUCGGACAUGAUUGUGAGCUCAUCCCAGAGUUCCUUGCAGCCAAUUAUGGAAGCUCUGCAAAGCGACUUGAUCUUAGCUUCAACCAACUCAGGUCACUGACAGGCCUGAAAGCGUUCAGCCAACUGGAAGAGCUGAUUGUGGACAACAAUCUUCUCGGAAAUGACCUCCGGUUGCCCAGGUUACCGCAGCUCCAUACCCUAACACUCAAUAAGAACCAACUCUCAGACAUUGACGCCUUGCUUGAGCAUUUGCAGGAAGUGACACCAGCUCUGGAGUACUUGAGCCUGCUGGGAAAUGAGGCCUGUCCAAAUCAGCUGGUCAGCUUGGAUAAAGAUGAAGACGAUUACCAGAGAUACAGGUACUUUGUGCUGCAUAAACUGAGGAACCUGAAGUUCCUGGACAGCAGGAGAGUGACUCAGAGAGAACAUCUGGAGGCUGAGGCCCGCGGCGCAUUCAUGAAAGUGGUCAAGCCUAAAACCGAGCAGGCUCGUAGCGAUUGCAGAUCAGACACCACUCCUUUGCCGUAUACUCCUCUACCCAGGUCCAAAGAUUCCAAAAACCCUAAAGGGGUGUUCGCCAAGUGCCGUUACAUCUACUAUGGCAAGCAUUCAGAAGGCAAUCGCUUCAUCCGCAAUGACCAGCUCUGAUGGCAGGCCAGGACAAGCAGCGGAGCUUUAUAAAGAUGUCUUCCUUCGUAUCUUUAUUAAUAUCCACAAUACCACGUGCAAUUUAAGCAGCUGAAUACAGCCCUGAGUGUGCCAUCCAUGCCAUCUCUCAUCUCUCGCACUCUGCCUGAGUCGUGCCACUCACACUGACAUUAUUGCCUUUAACCAGCCCUAACACACAUGCACACACACACACUCACUCAGCAAGUGACUCUGCUGACAGCUACUGCUACAUGAUGGAUUGCCAUAUCCAAAUGCUACACUCUGCAGGUCAAAGGUCACACCUGAGGCUGCAGUGUGCCCAUGAGGACACACAGGAUGAGCCCUCCUCAAAGUCAAAGCUAAAGUUAAACACACAGAAACACACACACACACACACACACACACACACACAGAGACUGUUCAUUCCACAUAUUCACAUCACUCAGUUUCUCUUAAUGUACUUCUUAACUCAUUCAGUGCUCAUGUCUUUAAGUGCUUCUCAACUGGUUAUACUCUUCAGAAAUGUUACUCAAAUAAUUUGCUUUAAAUAAGUGUACAUUUUUAACAAAAAAAUAAUGAACUUGUAUUCCCACAUUUAUGAUGUUUAUUGGUAAAUGAAGGGCAUUUACAGACACUUGCACUGUGGCCUUGUGUGUUCAUGUAUACAUGCAGUGAUAUGGUUUUGUCUGUGCGUAUAUGUGUGCGCGCGCGUAUGUGUGUGCUUGUGUGUGUGUGUGUUUGCGCAUACACUGUGUGAAGUUGGUGUGUUGCGGGGGCAGAUGUUUCCGUGCAGGAGCCUGGAGGAGCUGGGAAAGUGCGUGGUAAUGAGCUUUGCUCUCGUUGCUUGGGUCCAGGAGAGGGAAGAGAGAGACAGGCGAGACGGAGCAGCAGGACUGAGGGGAGGGAGAGAAGUCAACAACUUCUUCCAUUCCACUUCUGAUUGCCUCCUCAUGUGAUAUGCAGACAAUUUUAAUGACUUGCUCUGUAACUUUUGUUUAUAAGAAGAAGAAAAAAAAACAAACAGCUUUUGCUGCAUUGUUUCUGCAGUGGCCUUAACAUUUAGGUAGAGAUUUAAUACACUCGAGACAUGUUUAUCCACUUACAUUUUUAUUCAAUUUGUUUUGUAAUAUGUAUCUUUGUGAAUAUAGUGUUAUGCAUUUUUAUAUAGAGAUUUCGAGACAAAUAGCAAAUUAUACUAAUUACACAUUAUUUACACAGUAGUAACCAAAGAUACUGUUAAAAUAUUAAUGGUUUAAGAAUAUCUAUCUAUCUAUCUAUCUAUCUAUCUAUCUAUCUAUCUAUCUAUCUAUCUAUCUAUCUAUCUAUCUAUCUAUCUAUCUAUCUUCAAAUUUGUUUCUGAUUUGUAAAGGACAUUGUCAUUUUUUAGAUAUGUCUUAUACACUGUGUAUAGCAUUGUCCUGUACAGAGAGAAAUAUAGUGGUGGAUGUAAAAAAAAAUAAAUAAAAAAACAGGUGAAGGCAGAGCUCA